AUGGGGAAUUGUUUUGGAUUUCGAAGUGAAAGUUCUUACCUUCUGGAUCAAGAGGUUUACGAAACUCAAGAUGAUCAGGAUGAAAGCCCUAGGACAGAUCAUCAGGUGCCUAUUUAUCAUUUAAGUCCAGGCUUGCCUAUUCUUGCAUCCGAUCUGACAGAGGAGGAACAAAUACAAAUUGUUAAACGUAUUCACAUGCUUCAAUUUCUUCCUCUAACAAAUUAUGUACCUGUGAAUAAGGAGAAAUUAAGAGAGUGUAUUAUAUGCAUGAAUGAUUUAAAACUUGGAGAUGAAGUACGUUACCUGCCCUGUCUACAUACUUAUCAUCGUAUAUGUAUUGAUGAAUGGCUUAUGCGUUCAUUUAGUUGUCCUACAUGCCUUUUAAAUUUAGAACCAGAUACUUCACUGACUACAACAACAACAACAGUAACGGCGCCAAGAACACAAAUUCUGUUCUCAUCAGAAAAUACUGUUGCAUUGACAGUGACGUGUGAUUCAUCCCCAACAACAAAUAAUACUACUAACCCUGUUAUAUCAUCCACAGUAGUAGUAUCUCCCGGAUUUAAUCAGUCAUUAGCAAAUGACUCUUGCCCAAAUAUCAACUGA